AUGGUAGACGUACCGUGCAAGAAACCUCCAAAGUUCAUCUUCCACUUGAUCCUCAUCAUUGGACUGAUCUUCAUCAUUGGACUGAUCUUCAUCAUUGGACUCCUCUUCAUGGCAUCGGCACCGCCUAACCUGACAACGCCAAACCUGACAACGCCAAACCUGACAACGCCUAACCUGACAACGCCUAACCUGACAACGCCUAUGAGCAACGGGGACGGUGCAGGACCAGUGAACAUGGCGGAUCGUCUGCUCAGCGCAGGCAUUUGCCCUCAGACAUGGCAUGAACAUGGCAAUAGAUGUUUCCUCUAUGUUGGUGACGAUAAGAACUGGACUGAUGCUGAGGCGUAUUGCGUAGCCAGGGGCGGACAUUUGGCCUCGGUUCACAACCAAACCAUGUUAGACGUCUUCGCUGGAUACAAAGGCUACAUAAAGUGGUUUUGGGUUGGGGGCUACAAAGAGAAUGGUGAGUGGAAAUGGAUGGAUGGUUCCAACUUUGGAAUGACCGUGGAAAGCAGCAUGGGGAGUCCCCAAAAUUGUGUGGAGAUAUUUUCCGAUGGACUCCGUGAUUAUGAUUGCGAUUUCAACCAACCAUUUUUGUGUGAGAAGUGA